AUGGCUUCACGUACUUUCACCAGGGCUUUUCUCUCCACUUCUCGUCGGUUUGCCGCACCUCAGAAGAGGACUAUUGCUACCACCUUCAGCGCUGCCAGAGCCACUGUCGCUGUCCCCCCCCGUUUUGCUAGUGUGCCCUUUCAGCAGAAGAGGGGAGUUAAGACAAUUGACUUUGCUGGUGUCAAGGAGGAGGUUUAUGGUCAGUUGUUUGUGAUGAUGAUAAUGAUUCUAGAUUGAGUUUAACUGUGGGGUUUGUGCUGACUUUUUUUAUUUUUCGGCCAGAGCGUGCGGAUUGGCCUAGGGAGAAGAUUCUUGUGAGUCAUUUCUGGCCAUGGUUCUUCAUCGCUCACGUCUUCAAUUGAGAUAUUGAUGUCUUGUUUGUUCUUGGAACCAGGAUUACUUCAAGAAUGAUACUCUCGCCCUGAUCGGUUAUGGAUCUCAAGGUUUGUCUUGUUCUAUUAUUAAUUGAGAGGGGGAGGGGAAUAUUUUCCCUCCCCUCUUUUAGCUGAGCGGCUUUUGGUGGGGUUGGGCUUCUAUUAUCAGCGACGAUGCUGACGGGAGAAACCCUUCGAAACCGCAGGCCACGGACAAGGUCUUAACCUUAGAGACAACGGUCUGAAUGUCAUUGUCGGUGAGUCUCCACCCAACUCCCAGCUCCUAUCCUAUCCCUGCGGCAGGAACUAAUGUUCGCAUCACAGGAGUACGGAAAAACGGGGCCUCUUGGAACGAAGCCAUUAAAGACGGAUGGGUUCCAGGAAAGAACCUCUUCGAGUUGGAUGAGGCCAUUAGUAAAGGCACAAUCAUCAUGAAUCUUCUCUCUGACGCUGCACAGUCAGAGACCUGGCCCGCCAUCAAGCCGCAAUUGACGAAGGGGAAGACUCUGUACUUCUCUCACGGAUUCUCACCCGUGUUUAAAGACUUGACGAAGGUUGAGGUGCCCGCUGAUAUUGAUGUUAUCCUUGUGGCACCAAAGGGGUCUGGAAGGACGGUUAGAACUUUGUUCAAGAAUGGUUUGUUUGCUUGCUUAGACGAGAGGGCAGUAGUGGGAGAGAUGAAUGAGGUGGCUGAUGUUUUUGAUUAGGCCGUGGUAUCAACUCUUCCAUUGCCGUCUGGCAGGACGUUACUGGAAAGGCCAAGGAGAAGGCUGUUGCCCUUGGUGUUGCUGUUGGUAAGUGCUGCACUCCUCAGCAAUAUAUCAGUCAUCCAUAGGUACUAAUGUGCUGCAGGGUCCGGAUACAUGUACGAAACCACCUUCCAGAAGGAAGUCUACUCUGUAAGCGCCCCAAACAGCCUCCCACCCCAAUCAACCAACGCUAACUAUGCACAGGACCUCUACGGCGAGCGCGGCUGCCUCAUGGGCGGAAUCCAUGGUAUGUUCCUAGCACAAUACGAGGUCCUUCGCGAGCGUGGCCACUCCCCCUCGGAAGCGUUUAACGAGACCGUUGAGGAGGCAACUCAAUCUCUCUAUCCAUUGAUUGGUGGUGUAAGUCUCCCCGUCCCCCCGAAAGCGCUCAAAUGGCAAUGAAACGAAUUCAAGUAGAAUGGUAUGGACUGGAUGUAUGCUGCCUGCUCAACAACUGCCCGCCGUGGCGCCAUCGACUGGACAAAUAAAUUCAAGGACAGCCUGAAACCUGUUUUCAACCAGCUGUACGAUUCUGUCGUCGACGGCUCGGAGACCAAGCGUUCGCUCGAGUACAACUCUGACCCCGAGUAUCGCAAGAAGUUCGAGGCGGAGCUUGGGGAGAUCAGGAAUAUGGAAAUCUGGAGGGCCGGAAAGGCCGUUAGGUCUCUUCGCCCUGAGAAUAACUAGAUUUUAAUACAAUAGAUAUCGUAGGUUAGCUCGCCAGCUAGCUAGUCAGUCUGAUUCGGGGGGUUGAAAUGGUCAAGGUCAACGUGUGUUUCAUAUUCUUCCCAUCUUUAUUACGGGGAAGGAUGUGGGUUGGGAGCGUUGGGCAGGGCAAAAAAAAAAGCGUUUGGUUUCUCGGGUUCUCACGUUCGUUCCUUUUACGCCAGAUAAUAUCGUAUACCACAUGAGUGAGUGGUUGAAAUAGAAUCCACCUCUACACAUCAUACCAU